GCCGACGUGAAAUAGUGUGAAACUUUCGAUUGAAUUUCCAUCGCCACAGCACCACCUUUCGACACCGUUGUUCCAUCGGCCACAGGCGGCGAGACAUCGAUGGAGAACAUACGAAAGCUCGGCUCGAUGGACCAUGUUCGCCGCUCACUAAACGUCCCUCGAUGGAACUGGGCUGUCGUCAUCGGGAUGGGCAUGUUGCUCUGGCUUCAUGGGGUGACUGUCGGCAUGGUAUUCGAAGGCCAAAAGGGACUCCUCAACCGGUUCCUUUGGACUUUCGUCAUCGGCGUCAUUCCGCUCGUGCUGUUCACACAGACGACGUCGCACAACAUUCGACGCACGGCUGCUAGCCUUGUGUAUUUUGAACUCGCGACAUUUUGCAUGUGCUAUAGCAAUUCGCUGGCGUGGUUUCGGAACCCCAAGAAUCUCCUGCCGCUGCCCGACCUUGGCCACGACAUCCUUCCUCUCUGGAAAGACGUGACAGUCUACGACAAAGUAUAUCACCACGAAGCCCACAAGGUGCCGGACGUGGUUAUGGGUGCCCUCAUCGCGUCAACAACCAUAUUCGCUGUGAUCCAUCCCUUGCGAUGGAAGAUCAUCCAGCGCUUCUUUAUCAUCUAUGGAUCUCUUUGCAUCAUGCGAUCUGUCACUGUCAUUUGCACGAGCUUGCCAGAUAGCGCGGAGAAGUGCCGCCAAAUGACACCUCUCGGCAACCUCGAGAGCGGCGCACAUGGCUGGGAAGACAUUACAAUGCGAGCAGUGUUGGUACGCAGUCUCAAGUUGCUGGUGCCGAUCGGAGAAGUCACGUGCGGGGACAUGGUUUUCAGCGGUCACAGCAUGCUCAUGGUGUUAUGCGCUAUGACAUGGCACACGUAUUACAAGUGGGUGCCAGGUUCGAUCAACUACAUCAAGGUGUCGGUGUGGCUCGUUACGAUAUUCGGCCUGGUCGCAAUUGUAUGGGUGCGCAUGCACUACACGCUGGACGUGGUCCUCGCGCUGUACUUCACCGUGACCGUGUGGAGUUCGUACCAUCGUAUUGCGAACGACGUGAAGAUCGGCCACCGAUUCUCGAUGGUUUGGAUCUUCGAUGCGCUGCUCAUCUACCCGUGUAUCGAAUGGAUCGAGCGUCCUGACGACAACGACGACCUGGAUGGACCGCGAACGUUUCACACCGCCCACACGAUGCACUUGCACGGGCACCACCGCAGCAGCAGCAGCCACAUGGAUGUUGCCAUGUGCGAUGACGGCACCAACGACGUAGUGAAACAAGAUGAUGACGUCGAGAAAGUCCACGAUAGACAGACGCGAUCGCUGCGCCCCCGUCGAGGUAACAGCGGCGAAAAGGCCACGCCACGCAACCGACGUCUACCGCGGGCAGUAGCGACAACGACUCGGCGAACAAUGUCCAAUGUGGCGCACUAGACUCGCAAUGCGGUAGAGGACAAACGUAGAGUGAACAUCAUUUCAAUUCAAUCACGUGCGUCGUGUCCCGACGGGGCUACGAAGCCAUCGACAAAGGAGCGGGGGCUGAAACGUGCGGCGCUGGUAAGCCCGCUCGGCGAGACUGCGUUUGCUUUAGGUAUUCCACCUCUUGGCGGUGGAGGAUCGAUCGCAUGGACGGCGGCAGAGUCUGGAUGAAAUCGGCUGCGUUGCCAAACAAGUACAGAUGAGUGAGAGCUGUGAGUCGGACGAAGGUAUCGGGGACCGUUCCUGGCAGACAGAGGCUGAGCUUUGUGACGCUGAAACAACCAGCACCUGCCAACUUGUUGGACGAAAGGUUGAGAAAUGUGAUGUCGACGCAAUCGCCGAGGCUCGGUGGGAUGUGCCCUGGUCGGAGGAUGGCGACGACGCAUGCGCA